AAUUGGUAGACUCAGCUUUCGGACAGUCCAAGCGAAUGGAAGAUAAUAUAUUAAGCUACUAAAAAUGUUUAACACUGUUGUUAUUGCCAAGUUACUAACUAUUCCGAGUUACUGGACGACAGAGUCUAAAGUAUGGCUACAAAAUAUACGACGCCUGAAGCUCUCAUUGCAUUGGCUGAUGGGGCAAAACAAAGAGCGUAUUGUCCGUACAGCAAGUUCCAAGUUGGUGCAGCGGUAGUGGUGGAAAAUGGAGAUGUUUUCACAGGAUGUAAUGUAGAGAACGCGUGUUAUCCAGUUGGUGUUUGUGCGGAAAGAACUGCUAUAUGUAAAGCUGUAUCUGAAGGCCACACAAAGCUGGUUGCAGUGGCGGUAAUUACAAAUGGAAAGACUGUGAAUUUUCCUUGUGGACUUUGUAGACAAAGCAUUAGAGAGUUUGGUACUGACGUGACAAUAUACUGUGCCAAAAAAGACCGGAGUUACCAGACACACAAACUGAAAGAACUGUUGCCUUUGUCGUUUGGUGCAGAAAAUUUGAUUCAAUGAAAAUAGUUUUGAUAUACAUUUUUAAUUAUCGCCGCUAAAACUUCAUGUACGCCAUAAUCAGUGGUUGACCAACAGUAAACAAAAACAAAACAUUCACA